ACUCCAAGGGUCAACAGAACCUUUUGAGUCACCAGAGAACCGACAACCAACCGGAUCAGCAAGAGAAAAACACGGUUGUUGUUUCUCACCCUUCAUCAAGCUGAAUCCAACCUCCAGUGGACCGUUGGAUUAACACAUUUGAUAGAUAUAAUUCUGUUCAAUCUCAACAUUGGAUAGUCCCUGUGGAUAUAUCAUACAACACAAGAACAGUAGCACUCCUCUCCAUGGCGGACAAUGGGCUCUCCAGGUUAGAGGCUACCUCUAUCACCAGGACUCCCUUCCCCCUGCUCCCCUUGCUGCUCCUGAUGUGGCCCCUGUCUGGGCAGGGCAGCCCCAUCUCCCUGGCCCCAGAGAGACAUCGCCCUGCUCCAGGUCUGGGGGACGGCCACGGGGGCGUCAUAGACCCAUCUCUGUUGGAGCAGGACAGGGAUGUGGACAUGCAGAGCCUGCUGGAGAGCCUCCGGACCUUCAACUUGUCUGGCCUGGGCCCACCUGCCCAGGCACCUGGCAGUGUCCGUGUGGAGCCGCCCGAGUACAUGAUGGAGCUGUACAACCGCUUUGCCAACGACCACACCGCCAUGCCCACCGCCAACAUCAUCCGCAGCUUCAAGAACGAAGACUCGUCUCCCUGCAGUUUGGGCAGUAGAGGGGUGAGACAACACCCUCUGCUCUUCAACGUAUCCAUACCCCACAAUGAGCGUAUCACAACCGCAGAGCUGCGUCUCUAUACUUUGGUCCAGACUGAUCGCAACCUCUACGCCGGGGUCGACCGCAAGGUGACCAUCUACGAGCUGGAGCAGCAGGACGGAACAGGAGAGGGCAACAGAACAGCGAAGGACACCGAUAGAGGAGGAGCAGGAGGAAGAGGUGGAGGACGGGAGGAGUUAGUAGAGCUGGCAUCACGGCAGGUCUAUGGUACUGAUAACGCCUGGGAGGCCUUUGACCUAACUGCUGCCGUCCAACACUGGCGCAAGUCAGAGUACAGCACCACCCACAGGCUGGAGGUCCACAUAGCAAGCCUGGCCUCCGAGGGGGAAAGAGGGCAGACACUAGCAGACGGUGAGGGAGAAGGAGAGGGGAGGAGGAUAUUCAGGGGAGACAUGGAGAUAGACAGCAGCGCAGAUGACAAACACAAACCCCUGAUGAUUAUCUUCUCCGACGAUCAGAGUGGUGAUCACCGCGAUGACAAGCGGGAGCUGAACGAGAUGAUUGGACACGAGACCUCGGAAGCGCUGCUUCAGGGUGACCUGGAGCUGAAUAGGCUGUGGGGGGAGCUGGGCCGGGUGGGGGGCGAGGAAGAUGAGGAAGAGGAGGAGGAGCAGGACGAAGAGGCCCUGCUCCAGAUGCGCUCCAAUCUGAUCUAUGACACGGCCUCCCGAAUCCGCCGCAAUGCCAAGGUCAACCAGUGUAAGAAGCAGUCGCUGUACGUGGAGUUUAAAGACAUCGGCUGGGACAGCUGGAUCCUAGCGCCUGCCGGGUACGAGGCCUUUGAGUGCAGUGGCAUCUGCACAUACCCGCUGACCAAACACGUGACGCCCACCAAGCACGCCAUCGUCCAGACACUGGUGAGCAUGAAGAGCCCACAGAAGGUGACGCGGGCCUGCUGCGUGCCCACCAAGCUGGAUCCCAUCUCCCUGCUUUACAUGGAUGACACCGGAGUAGUCACGUACAAGUAUAAGUUUGAGGGCAUGGUGGUGGCAGAGUGUGGCUGCAGAUAGCUAGUCCACCCUGCUGGUCAUAUAGACAUGGAGAGAGCCAUUCGUGAAGAGAAAUGACAGGGUGCGGAUGGAACAAAGCAAAGACUACAUUUUUUUUUCAAGCAGGAUUGGUUUUAGAGUAGAUGGACUCUGAAAUGAAUCUAGAAUCACAGUUGAGAACAGUUGACAAGAAAAACAGCUAUGACAUGUAUGUGUAUAUAAGAUGGAUCUAAACUAAACAGUUUGUACAUUGUGUAUGUAUAUUUUGUAUUUCAGGAAAAUUUAUAUUUUAUUUUGUACAGUAAAAUAUGUAUGAUACCAAUUCAUAAUUCUGUAAUAGAAGCAGUUGGAUGCCAUUUGAAGCUAAAUAACACAUUUGGAAUUUGCAAAAAAAAAUGAGGAAAAAAGUUUGGACCUUUAAAAAUAAACUAUCCUUAGGUCUCUCAAAGGGUUCCGGCAAUACAGCAACCAGCCAUACAGUGAUGUCCAAUAGGCCUAGCUGGUGGGACCACAUAGGGUUCUCCACAGUUAGCUUUCCACUGACAUUGAUCUCAUGUCUUCCUCUCCACUUAUCUCUGUUUUCCCCCUCCCUGGACGCUAACACUAAUCCACACCUCAUUUAGCAUGUCUCCCUAACAGCAACAGGCCUCCCAAGGGAAACACAAACCUGACUGGACUGGACUUCUGGUAGGGGCCUGCCCUCAUCCUCAUCCCCACCACCUCCCCCUGGCAUUUAGGACAGUGGGCUGAGGUCAGGGCAGCAGUUAGGGUGGGCUGGGUUAUCUCCCUCGAGCCCUCACCCACCUUCCCACAUCGGCCUCAGAGUCAGUCACAUGCCGUGCGAGCCGCUUUCUCCCACUCCUCCGCACCGCGCCGAUAAGGAGGUGUUGGCGGUGAGAAACAUGUGCUCCACCACUCAGGGCUGGAGGUGCUGGGGGAGCGGAGGGGGGAGGAGAGGGGGGGUGGCCUGUCAAGAUUCCAUGGGUACUAAUAGAAACAGAUUCUACUGGCUCAACUCACUGACCGACCCCCAUCAUGUGCCCCCUCCAACCUCCUCUCCCUCCCUUUGUUUCUUUACCUUCCAUACAUCCCUCUCCCCCUGGCCCUGAAAUCCGUCACGUUUAAGGAAAAGAUUUCCAUAUAUUUGGCCUGUUAUCAUGGACAGGCUGAGAAGAUGAGUGGAGAGUAUGACACUUCAUGUCUCUUCUCCCCUCCUCUGAGAGUCCUGUGUGGAGUUCUUUCUUGUUGUUCUGUGUUCUUGUAAUACAAAUGUAAUACAGUUCUCUGCUGCUUG